GAGAGAGAGCGAGAGAGAGAGAGAGAGAGAGAGAAAUGGCAUUAGAAGAGGCGGAACGCGUCAGUCCGUGCGCAGGUUGCUUUCCUGGAGUGGCUGAAAGGGAUCAGUCCCAAACCUGAGCGCCAGGAAUAACGGUCCUUCCUUCCCGAGCACUUUUUUUCUUUACUCCCCCCUCUUUUUCCCCCCGUUGCUAUCGGUUCGCUUAAGGAUCCGCUUCGAUUCCACAAACCGGCACGGACACCAUACAAACCUUAAGACGCGGAAGAUCCUCCAGCCUGCCUGCCGCCCCGUGCGCAUUGAAGGGAAGGAAGGAGAGUCGCGUCCAUGCGAUCCGCUGUCUGAUCCACACACACACACACACACACACACUCUUACACACGCACACGCACUCUCCCUCACACACACACAUACACGCCCGUCGAUGAGGCAGCAGCAGGAGCAGCAGAUCAUGGCGGAUGGCCCCCGGUGCAAGCGACGGAAGCAAGCCAACCCGAGGAGGAAAAACGCAGUGCUCAACUACGAGAACGUCGUGGAGACCGGAUCCGAGACGGAUGAAGAGGAUAAGCUGUUGGUGUCCGAGGAGGACGCCCUACUGAACGGCGCCGCCAGUCCAGCCAGCCUGGCCAAUCACGAGCCGUCGACACCGCUGUCGCCGAGACUGGGCCACGCCCUCAUGUCGAAAGUGGACGACGAGGAGGAUGAAAUGCGGGACAGUGGUGUGGAGCACGUAUGGAACGACAGCGACAUGCUGAGAAGCUCCGUUGACGGUACAGAUGAACUAAAGGACGACUUUGACAUGGUGCCUGACGCCGCGCUACAGCCCAUCGGGAACGGUACAGUGAAGAGAAUGGACUGCACAGCAGAGUUUGAGGAGUUCUUCGCUAAAAGGAAGAUGGCCGACAGCGAGAGCCAUGUGGUUAGCAUAGCCGAGUACCUUCAGCGCACCGACACGGCCAUCAUCUACCCCGAGGCUCCGGAAGAGAUAGCCCGUCUGGGCACACCCGAGGGCCCCGGGCAUGAAGAGAACGACCUGCCACCUGGAACUCCAGAUGCUUUCGCCCAACUGUUGACCUGCCCCUACUGUGACCGGGGUUACAAGCGCUUGACUUCCCUGAAGGAGCACAUCAAGUACCGUCACGAGAAAAACGAGGAGAACUUCGCCUGCCCUCUGUGCAACUACUCCUUUGCUUACCGCACUCAGCUGGAGAGACAUAUGGCCACGCACAAGCCUGGACGAGAUCAGCACCAACUGCUGAACCAGGGAGCUGGCAACCGCAAGUUCAAAUGCACAGAAUGUGGCAAGGCCUUCAAAUACAAGCACCAUCUGAAGGAGCACCUGCGGAUCCACAGUGGGGAAAAACCUUAUGAAUGCCCAAACUGUAAGAAGCGCUUCUCUCACUCUGGGUCCUACAGUUCUCACAUCAGUAGUAAGAAGUGCAUUGGCCUGAUAACCGUUAAUGGCAGGAUGAGGAACAACUUGAAACCCGGUUCAUCUCCAACCUCCGCCUCAUCCUCUCCGACCAACACUGCCAUCAGCCAGCUAAGACACAAGCUGGAAAAUGGCAAACCCCUUGGCCUCCACGAGCAGUCCAAUCACCUCAACAUUAAAUCUGAACCACUGGACAUCAAUGAUUAUAAGCUGAUGAUGGCCUCACAUGGCUAUGGUACUCCAGGCCCAUUUCUGAAUGGUGGGCUAAGUGGAAGGAGCCCAAUAAGUGCCCCCAACUCCCAGAGCCCCCUCCAGCACUUAGGAAUGAACAUGGAAGGACAAAUGCUGGGUUAUCCAUCUUCCUUAGGGAACAACCUGAGCGAGGUGCAGAAGGUGCUUCAGAUUGUAGACAACACGGUAUGCCGGCAGAAGAUGGACUGCAAGCCAGAGGAACUUUCCAAACUAAAGGCUUACAUGAAGGAGCUGGGCUCCCAAAUCGAGGAGAAGAAGCCAGGGCUGGCAUCACCCGGGGGCCCCCAGACAGGUCUUCCAGUUAUCAGCCACAAUGGCGCAACUAAGAGCAUUAUUGACUACACACUCGAGAAGGUCAAUGAAGCAAAAGCUUGCCUCCAGAGCUUGACCACAGACUCUAAGAGACAAAUUAGCAAUAUCAAGAAAGAAAAGUUGAAUCAUACGAUAGAUUUAGGUACAGAGGAGAAGAUGCACGAGAACAACUUAAUGUUUACACCUUUUGCUUGCCAGUAUUGCAAAGAAACGUUUCCAGGUCCCAUUCCACUGCAUCAGCAUGAGAGGUACCUGUGUAAGAUGAAUGAAGAAAUAAAAGCUGUACUGCAGCCCAAUGAAAACAUGACGCCUAACAAGCAGGGCAUAUUCUCAGAGAAGCACGCCCAUUUGUUCUCCCCAAUCAUCUCCGAGAAGGGCAUUACUAGCCCAAUUAACCCUUAUAAGGACCACAUGUCAGUGCUCAAAGCAUACUUUGCCAUGAACACAGAGCCCAACUCAGAGGAACUACUGAAGAUCUCGAUAGCAGUCGGCCUUCCUCAGGAAUUUGUGAAAGAGUGGUUUGAGCAGAGAAAGGUAUACCAAUAUGCCAAUUCCCGAACACCUCCUUUAGAUAGAAACAAUAUGGAGAUCGGUCUGCCUGCGACUAACCACAUGCCCAAUAAGGACUCCAUGAACGCUCGUUCCCCUCUAUCUUUGGUUAAACCUAUGGACCGAAUGACAUCACCCGCCAUCCCCGAGCUACAUAACAACAACUGUGACAUCCCCCUCAGGCUUUCUAAAACACCCCACUUCCCUGGCCCCAGGCAACUUAGUGACAAGUUGGACCACUCCAGGAGCAACACGCCAUCUCCUCUGAACCUUUCCUCUGCCUCCUCCAAGAACUCCCACAGCAGCUCUUACACACCUAACAGCUUCACGUCUGAGGACCUGCAGGCAGAGCCACUCGACCUCUCACUACCAAAGCUAAUGAAAGAACCCAAACAUGUGCUUUCUAUCAAGAGCCGGCCCAAACCCAGCAGUGUCCCCUUAGACCAUAAUCCUAUUAUGUCACCCAGGGAACACCUGGAGGAGCCACUCAAUCUCGCAUACCUGUCGAAGAAAGAGUUUGGGAGCCCCAAUGGUAACCUGGAGAAAAGCACUAGCCCCAUGUUUGGCAUCAACCCUUUCUCGGCCAAACCUCUGUACACUUCCUUACCCCCUCAAAGUGCAUUCCCUCCACCCACUUUUAUGCCUCCAGUUCAGGCCAGUCUCCCAGGUCUCCGUCCGUACCCCACGCUCGACCAGAUGGGCUUCCUGCCUCAUAUGGCCUACACCUACGCAGCAGGGGCUGCCAGCUUCGCUGAGAUGCAGCAGCGGAGAAAGUACCAGAGGAAGCCAGGAUUCCAGGGGGAGUUGCUUGACGGUACGCCAGACUAUCUGUCCAGCCUGGAUGACAUGACAGACUCAGACGCCUGUCUGUCCCGGAAGAAGAUUAAGAAAACAGAAAGUGGUAUGUACGCGUGUGACCUUUGCGACAAAACAUUCCAGAAGAGCAGUUCCCUCCUAAGACACAAAUAUGAGCACACAGGUAAAAGGCCGCACCAGUGCCAGAUCUGCAAGAAGGCGUUCAAGCACAAGCACCACCUGAUCGAGCACUCGCGCCUGCACUCGGGCGAGAAGCCGUACCAGUGCGACAAGUGCGGCAAACGCUUCUCACACUCAGGCUCGUAUUCGCAACACAUGAACCACCGAUACUCUUACUGCAAACGGGAGGCCGAGGAACGUGAGGCGGCUGAGAGAGAGGCACGCGAUAAGGGGCGCAUGGAACCCAGCGAUCUCCUCAUGAACCGGGCCUUCCUUCAGGGCCUGACGUCUCCCGGAUACCCUGAGCACCAGGAGCGCGAUCCCAUCCUGCGCGACGGCAUCAACGGCAGCACCAAAGAGCCCGACGGGACCUACGGCAAGCUGGGGCGCAGGGAGGACGAUUUCGAGGAGGAGGAAGAGGAAGAGAGCGAGAACAAGAGCGUAGACACGGACCUUGACACGGCGCGGGAUUACGAGGACAACGGCGAGCACUCGAUGGACGACAGCUCGAUGGACGGAAAAACCAAAUCGGACCACGAGGACAUCCCUGAGGACGGCGUCUAGUAAAGACUACUGUGUUGUGCUCUAUAAGCUUCCCCUCCAUGUAUUUUCAAUUUUCGGGUGACACUUUUUUUUAUGGCCACCCGAACAGACGGACUCGACCGAGCUUCUGGAUUUGAGCCAGACUGAUCAAAAAAAGGAAAAAAAAUAAAGGAGGAAUCCAGUCAGGGAGGGGAGGGGGAAACGGGUGAGAAGCUGCAUUAUGCAAAAAUGAAACAAAUUAAAUAUGUUUUUUUUUUUCCUUUAAAUGUACAGUAUUAAGGCCUAAAAACUAUUUGUGGUGCUACCAUCUUAAAAGAAAACCCUGUGUUCCAUAGUAUUUAUAGCACAAAACGAGUAACUUGUACAAAAAAAAAAAUUUUAAUUGCACUCCGCUUCUAUAAUCACUACAAAAAUAAUAAAAAAAAGUAUUGCCUAUGUAUAUUUAUAGUGUUAAAGAAAAAAAAAAGAAGAGGCUGCGGCGUGUUUGCUGCAGGUUGUCAGUAUUAUGAAUUCUCUCGCUCCCACUGUGCCCUUUGCCGUUCUUCACCCCGGUGUUUACUCAGCUAGCCACAUGUUUUUAGGCCUCCGCAAUUUUUUUUUACUCGAAGUGAAGGAACUUAAAUCGAUACCGGGUCGGGGGUUUUGAAGUCUUAAACAGACUGCGUAGAGCAAGUGAAACGGUCCAGAGUGGAGACAGAUGAAGGAAGAAGGCAGUGAUGAAGGAGAAAGCCUUUGUAAAGUUGUUUUCUUUUUGUAUUAGAGAAGAUUAAAGAGGAAAAAAAAAAAAAAGAAAAACAAAGCCUUAUAUGCAAACCUUUUAAUCUGUGUGUUUUCUACAAGUGCCAUCCUUGUACAGUGUUAAAGGAGGACGGACGUCGUGUUGCUCUCGGCAGCAUCAGCGUUCACACGAAGACUUCUCCUCUUCCUCCUCCUCAGUAUUAGCAGAGUAGGCACUCGUUCUUUAGUUUACAUCACGUUUGUGCAAUUCUUUCUUUUUUCGUUUGUUUUUAAAUCAGUAUUACGCCAAAACAGUUCUCUUCACCACCACCACCAAGAACAACAACAACAACAAAAAAAAACGAUUCAUUUUAUUAUGUCAGUUUAAAUAACAUUUUAUUUAUGUGGCCCAUUUUGUAUUUCCUAAUUUUAUUUAUUUCAUACUGUAGUGUACAGUAUUAUAGUUCUUCAAUAUAUAGAUAUAUUUUAGUAAAAAUGAAAACAUGAAGAUCACUUGGGCAAAUUUUACGUAAAGAGAGCAUUUAUUGUGUUUUGAGACAUUAAUUGUGAAAUGCGAAUUUUCAGCUUCUUUCCUUUUUCUUGUUUUUUUUUUUUUUUCCUUUUAAUUUUUUCCAAAUUUGGGAACUUUUGAUACGAUAUUGUGAAACACUGUAUUUUCGACUGAGGAAAAAAAAAUAUUCCACUUUCUUCAUCUUGUUUUUCUUUUUUUUAAUGGAAAAAAAUUAAGAUGGACUGUUAAAAUAAAUACAAUGUAUUAUAGCAUAUGAGAGAAAAAAAAAGAAUCUUUCCUGAAAUGUCUUUGUAAAAGUAUUAUUGAAUUUUUAAUUUGUAAUUCCUCUUGGAAAUGACCAUGCUCGAAUAAACGUAGCCAAAUAAAAAAAAAA